AUGCUUUCCUGUUGUUUUCCAUCGACAGGUCUGGGUUUCAGAACACUUUGAUUCGGCUUGGGGGCGUAGCCGUGACGCACGACACCGACGCCACGGACCUGCAUAAAUACCGCGCGCCGUGAUGGAGAGAGACACACUUCUACUACAACGUCCUCUCUCCACACACAUACACCCUCCACCUAAGACAAAGAACCAGAGCACAAUGUCUCCAAACAUGACCUGCGUAAACAGCCACUCGUUCUCUCCACGGCUGACCGUGGCUAAGAGAAAGGAAGCGCUGGAGCUCAGAAAGACCAUGAAACCGUUGAUGGAGAAACGCCGGCGCGCUCGCAUCAACGACAGCCUGGAUCACUUGAAGAGCCUUAUCAUCCCCCUUACGGGCAAAGAUAAGUCCCGCUACUCAAAGCUCGAGAAGGCAGACAUCCUCGAGAUGACUGUUCGGUUCCUCGGAGAGAUCCCAAUGAGCGGCAAAAAAAGUACCUCUGACAGCUACAAAGAAGGCUAUAAAGCGUGCCUGGACCGCGUGUCCGCUCUGCUGCCCCAAACCAGCAUGGACCAAGGCGCGUGCCAGCGCGUCAACCAGUUCAUCCAGCAGUCCUCCUCUGCCCCCAUCACCCCGACCUGCAGCAACUGCUGUGCCCAGAGCUCCAUGGCUCUCCCCCAGAUCCAGCAGAGACUCAUGAACCUCAAAUCCAGCUUGGGCCCCCGCGCGGGGCUCCACUCCCCGAACCUCAACCACCGCGCCCAGCCGGCCCCACAAGCAGCCAGCCCCGACAUGUGGAGGCCCUGGUAGACUAGAAGCAACUUCAACCUUAUUUUGUUCUGAAACUGUAUGAUAUGUAGACUCCGUUUUGAGAUGGAGCCCCUGUACAUAUGAAAAAAUAUUGUAUAUUUUAUCUGAUGAAACGGUGAAAUUUCAUCGUGAACAUCCAAGUUGAGUAUCGUAUACUUACGCUUUGCGCACGAGUCUGUUGUCCGGCAUGUUGACACGUUUAGACAGUCGUAUUAUUUCGAAAUCUGCAUGUAUGUAUUAUUCUGUUCUGUAUUUAGUCUUCGUUAAUGACUAAAAUGAAUGAGGGCUAUGGAAAACGCCCCGUAAGACCCCGAGGGUCAUCCUAUGUAUGGAUUUGCAUUAUGGGAUGUCCAGCUCAUUGACAAUAAGCUGCGUCCCUGCGAAUUAUUGGUAAACAUAUUAAUUGUUAUGAUUAAGUAUCUCAAUUGAGAUGAGUGUUUAUCUUUGCUAUUAAUUGCAAACAUUGUACGUAUGCUUUAUUAUUAUAUCUCGUUUGAGAUGAUUCUGUUUUUGCGAUUUAUUGCAAACAUUGUAUGUUGUUAUUACGUAUCUCGUUUGAGAUGAGUGUGUUUUGCAAUGUAUUGCAAACCCUGUAUAUUCAUAAUAUAUGGUUAUUAUAUCUCGUUUGAGAUGAGUGUUUUUGCGAUUUAUUGCAAACAUUUUAUGUUGUUAUUAAGUAUCUCGUUUGAGAUUAGUGUGUUUUGCAAUUCAUUGCAAAUCCUGUAUAUAUAAUAUAUAUGGUUAUUAUAUCUCGGUUGAGAUGAGUGUUUUUGCGAUUUAUUGCAAACAAUGUAUGGUUAUUAAAUCUCUCGUUUGAGAUUGGUGCGUGUUUUGCAAUUCACUGCAAACCCUGUGUAUAUGUUAUAUUAUUAGUAUAUCUCGUUUGAGAUUUGAGUUUUGCGAUUCAUUGCAGACCUUGUAUAUAUAUAUAUAUGUUCAUAUAUUGUUACUUUAUCUCGUUUGAGAUGAGUGUGCUUUGCGAUUCAUUGCAAACCCCAUUAAAUAUAGGCCCAUUGUUAUUAUAUCUCGUUUGAGAUGUUGGUUUUUGCGAUUCAUGGCAAACCCUGUAGGCAAUUCAUUUCCUUUUGUUAGGCCUAUAAUUGAGUCUCUGUUGAGAUGUGUCUUUGCGAUUUAUUGCAAACAUUGUAUGUAUGUCAUUUUACUUCAAUAAAACGUUUUCGUAGUAAA